UUUUUUCAAUUUGAAAUGUGCCCCUUGAUAAAUAUGCCCCUUUGAGUAUGUCUUCUAAUCAUUUUAGAUAUUUGUAAAUAACGUGAUCAUUGAGGCUCGUUUCUAAACACCGGCCAGUAACCCGUCGUGACUAUUCAAUGAUUGGCUUUUUAUUUGUCAGCCGGCUGGAGGCAGAACAAUGAAAGCAAACGUUUUAUUGGGUUAGGAGCCCAUAACCUCACUUAAACCAAUAAAGAACUAAAAUCUGCUUUAUAGAAAUAUCUACGACCACAUGAACUGCACUUUCACUUCUCCAUUCUUUGUUUUUCUUCUCCUAUUGAUCAGAGACGUCCUUCUCAACCCUUAUUUCUUUCAUUUUCUAAUCUUCUCAUUUCCCGAAUUCUUAUUUUCUCAGGUGGCUCUACUACAUUAAAAUAAGUAGCCCAUAUACUGAUACCUGCUAGAGUGCGUGCCAUUUAAUAGCCACAUUGUGCUCGGGAGUGCAACUACAGCAACCAACUGCAAGAAACUGUCAGCAAAUCACCCUCAGCAACGACACAGAGGUGUAAAAGGAAGUACUUGGCUUAAAGCUGCACAUUUUCUCACACAUCACAAGUCUCUUUUUGGGGCCCUCGUCUUCCUCUUCACCACAUGCACAGCAAAGAUGACCGACUCGCACAUGUUUGAAAUCACUGGAAACAUUUCAGCCAAUAGCACUUUGCCACAAGCUCUGAGCAAUAACACACUGGAGAUGCUGCAAAGCAAAAUGCUGCAAACGGCUUUACCAGUCCUCUACUUGGUGAUCUUUUGUGUGAGCGUUCCAUUCAAUUCCUUGUCUUUGGUCAUGCUCUGGGGAAACCAACCUUGGACACCAACAGUUGUAUUUCUGCUCAAUUUGGCCAUCACAGAUUUGAUUUAUGGAAUUACACUCCCCUUCCAGGUCAUUUAUCAUCUUCGAGGAAAUGACUGGCCAUUUGGAGAUGCUUUUUGCUCCGUAGCAACCAUUUUGUUCUAUGGAAACAUGAACUGUUCAAUAGCGACGAUGGCGAGUAUUAGCGUGGAACGCUUCGUUGGAAUUGUACUUCCCUUGCGCUUUAAGAAGUGCAUUACAGUCAGGAGGGCUCUACUAACCUGUUUAUUGCUCUGGGCACUUGUUCUACUGGUGGAUUUACCACUUAUGCUUUCCAAAUUGACAUUUCACGUAGAAGAGCUACACAUAGUCACUUGCUUUGAUGUCUUACCAAAAAAAAUGGUUUUCAGGUAUUUUUCUUUUUAUAUUGCGUUCCGCCUUAUAUUGUUUUUCUUUUUUCCGUUAGUUAUUAUGGGAAUAUGUUACCUGUCAAUAAUUGUGACUCUUCUCCGGUCUGACACAAUCCAUACAGAGACAAAGAGACAAACAAUUCAUAUUAUUCUGGUGUUGUUCACUGUGUUCUUGGUCUGCUAUUUGCCAAGUAACCUGCUGCUAAUCAUUCACUAUGAUUUCUAUUCCAAGGGCAAGCCGCUCUACAUAGAAUAUAAGCUUUCCCUUGCCUUGAGCAGUCUUAAUUGUUGCUUGGACCCACUGGUAUAUUUCUUUGGUUCCAAACAGUUUCGACAAAAGGUACAGCACAAAGCAGGGUGCUGCACAUCUGCCAAUAAUGUGCAUGAAAAUACAAUGUCCUACAACCACCCUCUGUCUUCUUCUUAAAUGCAUUUUGUGUUAUUCGGUUGCCUGGAAAACAUCUCAAUAAAAACUCAUCUUCAAAAAACCUGGACAUUCUAGUCCAGGUAUGGAAAUCAGUCCUAAAGAAGCCAAAUACAGGCACGGAAGUCCAGGUAGAGCCUACGGAAACCUGUUGUCCAGAAAGCACCGAAUUACAAGAAUGCCGUCUCCCAUAGACUCCAUUUUAAUCAAAUAAUCUAAUUUUUUAACAUGAUUCCUUUUUGUGUGUAAUAAUAAAACAGUCGCUUGUACUUGAUCCCAACUGAGGUAUAAUUAAUCCUCAUGGAAGCAAAACAAUCCUGCUGGUUUCAAUUAAUGUUUAUAGGAUGUUUUAGUUGACUUAAGGCAUGGAGAUCCAAAUUAUGGAAAGACCCCUUAUCAAAAAAAGUCCUGAGCACUCUGGAUAACAGGUCGCAUACCUGUGAAACUUGAUGAUGAUGUUCCACCUAGGUAUUAACCUCAUUUAUAGAGAACCUUCUACAACAAAAUAUAAAUGAAAGUAUUGCAAAAAAUUAAAUAUAGGUACAGUAUCUGUUAUCCGGAAACCCGUUAUCCA